CUGCACCUGAGUAAGACUUUCCCAUGAUGAACAGCAUGAAUGUCUGCAGCAGUUGGAGAGACACUGCUGGGAGCACACUGUGCCCUUGGCAUGCCUGGAAUGGCCGUCACCUUUAUUCUAAUGACUUUUCUACCAUCACCGUGCUGUCAGCUGCGGUUCACUUUAGCCACCUCAGCAGUCAUCUUGUCACUAGCCUACAUACUGCUGUACACCGUCAACAUGAGGUUUCUUUGCCUCAUGCUAUCAUGUUUUGUUUGCAUGUUUUCUUUGUCUUUUUCCUUUCAACCAAUCUCCACUCAGAAGACAGGCUGCUUCAAAGUCAACAACUGCCAAUGCAUCAUGAAGGACGGGACGGGGGUGAUAAACUUGAAAGCUAUGGGAGAUCCAGAUGGUUUCCUGGGGCGCUUGAAGCCUGUGGUGUCAGACAGCAUGCCAGCCAAUGCACAGAUCUUGCUGUCCUUCAGCCCUUGCCAGCCUUUUUCAGAGCCGGAGGACCUCGCAGGAACCGACUGUACCAGUGUUGCUGCCUGUCUUGUCGUCAGGUUUCACAGGCUCAACAGAUACAUCAGCCAUUACAUCAGCUAUGGAAGACAUGAAGGGAAUGAAUUCCACUACAACGCCACCAGAAAGAUGCUGUCCGUGUCAUACUUUGCCCCAGCUCACAAUGACCAGCCACUGACGAUAGUGCACUACCACUGCAGUCCGAAUCACUCCACGUCUUUCAUCCGAGCCCAGAGCCUCAGCACUGAUGAGCCCCUGCAGAUCUGGGUGGAGAGCCCCUGUGCCUGCCCAAAUGCCUGUGCCAUGGGAGAUUUGGGUCAAGGCACCAUCUUUCUCAUCAUCCUCUCCCUCAGUGCCGCUGCCUACUUCAUCCUUGGUUCCUGUGCGCUUAGGCCUUACCGGAGCAGCAGUGGCAUCCAGAUCUCUCCAGAGCCCAGCGUGUGGUGUAUGAUCUGCUACCUCUGCAGCGAGAGGAAGCCUGGAAGGAGGCGCAACAGAGAUGACACCCUGUGAAGCAAAAGCACCACACAGCACCUUUAAAAAAAUGAACCUGGGAUAGUGAGGCAUAUGAAAAAGGUGCUUUUUGUAAUCAGUGCAGUUCAGUUCCAACUCCAGGGACCAGAUUCAUGAGCCCUUAAGAAAAAAAAUAACACU